CUCUUGUGGAUGCAGUCCCUAUGGUUCCGCUCCUCCCGGUGCAGAGGGGACGGAGGAGGCCAAAGAAGUGACCACGGACGGGAUUUCUAAGGUAGGGGAGAGGACGGGCGCCCGAACCGUUCUGGUGGGAUCGGUGAACGAUGAAGGGCCGGCGGCGGCGACGCCGAGAGUACUGCAAGUUCGCGCUGCUGCUGGUGCUCUACACGAUGGUGCUGCUGCUCGUCCCCUCCGUGCUGGACGGAGGCCACGACAGGGACAAGAGCGGUGGACACUGCAUGGGCCUACAGGGCAGUCUGGGAGUGUGGAGCCUAGAGGCGGCGGCGGCCGGCGAACGUGAGCAGGGCAAGGAAGCGCGACCCGAUCCUGAACGGGGCGCGGGUGAGUCUUCCCUACCCCAGGGCAACCUUACCGGAGCCGUCGGGGAGGCAGUGUUUCGUGAGAAGCAGCACAUCUAUGUGCAUGCCACCUGGCGCACCGGCUCAUCUUUCCUGGGCGAACUCUUUAACCAGCACCCGGACGUCUUCUACUUGUACGAACCCAUGUGGCACCUAUGGCAGGCACUGUAUCCGGGCGACGCUGAGAGCCUGCAGGGCGCGCUGCGCGACAUGCUGCGCUCGCUCUUUCGCUGCGACUUCUCCGUGCUGAGGUUGUACGCGCCGCCGGGGGACCCAGCCGCACGCGCCCCAGGCACAGCCAACCUUACUACCGCUGCUCUCUUUCGCUGGCGGACCAACAAGGUCAUCUGCUCGCCGCCUCUGUGCCCCAGAGCACCUCGAGCUCGCGCCGAGGUUGGCCUGGUCGAGGACACCGCCUGCGAGAGCAGCUGCCCGCCUGUGGCGCUGCGCGCCCUAGAGGCCGAAUGCCGCAAGUACCCGGUGGUGGUCAUCAAGGACGUGCGCCUUCUGGAUCUGGGUGUGCUGGUGCCUCUGCUGCGUGACCCAGGACUCAACCUCAAGGUGGUACAGCUUUUCCGCGACCCACGGGCUGUGCACAAUUCGCGCCUCAAGUCUCGGCAGGGGCUGCUACGCGAGAGCAUCCAGGUGCUGCGUACCCGCCAGAGGGGCGACCGUUUCCACCGAGUGCUCUUGGCGCAUGGCGUAGGCGCUCGCCCUGGGGGUUCGUCCCGUGCGCAGCCCGCAGCGCCGCGUGCUGAUUUCUUUCUGACCGGCGCGCUCGAGGUGAUAUGUGAAGCAUGGCUGCGAGACCUACUUUUCGCACGCGGCGCGCCUUCCUGGCUGCGGCGCCGCUACUUAAGGCUGCGCUACGAGGACCUGGUGCGGCAACCGCGCACCCAACUGCGCCGCCUGCUGCACUUCUCCGGGCUGCGGACGCUUGCGGAGCUCGACGCCUUCGCGCUCAACAUGACGCGCGGCGCGGCCUAUGGCGCGGACCGGCCCUUUCACCUGUCAGCGCGCGAUGCCCGCGAGGCAGUGAACGCCUGGAGGGAACGCCUGAGCCAAGAGCAGGUGCGCCAGGUGGAGGCUGCCUGCGCCCCAGCCAUGCGUCUGCUGGCCUAUCCUCGCAGCGGAGAAGAGGGCCGAGUGGAACCACCCAAGGACGUGGAGAUAUCCCUGGAGAUGGAGGCCGAGGGCGCCACGUAGUUCCCCCAUUUUCACCCCCGGGGAGGAU